AUGUUGCCCUGUUUCCUACUGCUAGCAGUGCUGUACCUACCGGCUGCGGUGACAAAAGACGACGACUUAAUGGUGCCAGCCGUUCGGGUGGUUCGGUUCCAGGUCGACUAUCCUAAUGCUACCGUUCAAGAUGUUCAGAAAAUUCACAAGUGGAACUCCAUCAUGCGAAAUAGUGUUAUCGCUUCUCUACGCUUCAUCAACAAACAUUGGUUAAUUUGUGGAAGUGGGCCGAAUGGUGAAAGACCAGCCAAUGACUGUGGAAAAGCACAAGUAACUGGUGAAAUAUUAGGCGACAAGCACUAUAGGAUUAAUGCAACGUUCAUUUCAGAAAGAGAUCCCAUAAAGAACGUGAAGGUUGAUGCAACCUCAACUGUUGUUGCUGUGGCGCAAAUAGGUUUGAAAGGAGGAAUAUUCCAGUAUACAAAUGCUCUCAAGGCGCUCGGCAAACCAUCAAGCGAACUGACAUUCGACGAAGCAUACUUCUGCUACAAGGGUGCUGUACUAGUGGAUGGCGAUAAAUGUCGUAAGGAAUUCAAACUACGUGAUGAUCCGAUUCGAGAGCGUGAACCAAUCGAAAUCGAUCGAUUAAUCGCACUUUAG